CAGCCUUUUAAGCCAGUCGAGAAGGCGGAGCUGUUUGUAAACUCACGUUGCUCUCUGGGCGAUACAGUUUCCACAACAACAGAAAUAUAAGCUUAGUUUUUCUCGUCAGGCGUCGUUUUACAUACAAGCCUUUGAGGAGUUUGAGUUUGAGGAGAAUUGUUCUCGUCAUUGCCUGGAUCAGGGCUGUACAGAUGGACUGAAAUCCAACAAAUCAGACCACCAGAGAAGAUCCAACAUGGGCAACAAACGGAAAGCCUCCAGUGAGAUCGACAGAGAUUCAGAUGCCAGCUCGGGAUAUUUUAGUGCUUUGGACCAGACAGACUUUGAAGACAUAGGACCAACCAGUACUGCAGAACAAAGCAUGCCGACAGCUCCUCGGGUGCCUUUCAUUCCUGGCUCCCAUCCAGGCGUCUCUCCCAUGAUCGUAAUGAACAACCUUGCUCUUAAGCAGCCUAACUCUGUGGCCCCUGCACUAAAACCUUGGAGCUUAAACACUUCGCUAGAUGUGGUUCCCCAGUCCCAGCUGCUUUUUCUACAUCCAGUCCCUCCAGCUGGUGACUGUACGGGACAAAGCUCUGACAAGCAGAAACAUUCCAGAAAGCAUGUUCCCGUGCAAAACACCUAUCCAAAAAUUUCCCCACAUCUUGCACAAGAGUCUACAGUCGACGAGGGUCCCAGUGCUAUCCAUAAGAGGUCAAACCACAAUCAUGGUGGAAGACAUCAACGACGUCGUUACGAUGAAAAAGCUUUCCACAGCUCUUCUUUGAAGCAGGAUGUGUCUGAGACAUUUAAAGAUCACGAUGUAGACCCCAACGUUGCUUCUUUACGAGAAACUGGUCACGCUGUUGAAGAUGUGGCUGUGGAAAACUCCUCAUCCAGGCUUUCUGACCUUCAAGAGCCCCACACCACCACUUCACCAUUCUCACUUUGCACUGACUCCUUCCUCGCUUCAUUCCCUCAAAAGAGUCCCAAAUCUUCAGUCACUCAGAGCAGUGAUGUGGAGAAUAUCCCAGAAGCCCUCUCUCCAAGCUCCAGCAAACACAAACGCUUCUGCAACACAUAUAACAUUUUGAAUCGGUCAGGCCUGCUGGGCAUCACACUGCGCACAAAGGAACUUAUUCGACAAAAUAAACGGUCCCAGGCCCAGCUUAAGAGUCUGCAGGCUCAGACUGACCUCUUCUUGGAGGCCAUGUGUAGUGGAGAUCCCAAAGUCUGGACGAGAUUGCAGCUUAUCCUCCAGAACUCUGGAAACAGUGAGGAGACGCCAGUGGACUCACUGGUGGACUCUGUAAGGGACGCAGAGCAGGAUAUCACAGACGUGGGUUGUAUGGUGUAGUAGCAGCUUCGGAUUUUAUUAUAUCAGCUGUUGUAUUCUGCGGUUUUGUGGAAUAGCCACCUUUACUCCGACCUUAUGAAGUUAGGCACUUUAGCAAAUUUUCAACAUCUUGUUAUAAUAUCAGUUGGAAAAACCCAGAGAUCUAGUUAUCACUCCAAGUGUUCUCUAUCCAACCUUUGUUCUUAUGGAUUUGUCAGACAGGGUUUAGGUUACAAUUGCAUCUUUUUUCUGAAUAGAGUGAUACAGUGGUUCAGAAUUAAUUAGCACACUCAUAUUGAAAAGAACGCUAUUAACUGUUCUUGUAUUUCAAUCGAACUGGUUACUUUUUUGGAAAGGAGGCCUUGGAAAACCAGAACUGGAACCCAAAAUAGUUUCUGCUCAGAAUGAAUCAAAAUGGAAAAAGAUAUUAUUAUUUUUUGUUAUCACUGUAUUUAAUAAAUGCCUUUGACAAAUGAUAAAUAUUUGAGUACUUAUACUUAAGUGCACAAUUGUUUUUUUUUAUUCAGAUAAAAAUGUGAAAUUCAGAAUCAUCCUUGUGAGUAUUUGAAAAUUUGUAAAAAUGUGUUUGUAAUAAACAUGGUUUGUAUGUGUAUAAUGUGUUCUCAAUGCUUCUCCAAGUAAAUGUUCUUGUUAUCUAUGAGAAAAACCAAUGGACGUUAAGAGCAAGAGUACUAAUGGUCAGUACUGGUCAGAAUGUAUUUGAAGUAGCACUUCAAAUGUGGUUGUUAUUUGUAAUGCCUUGUCGUAUUAUUAAUUAAGUUGUUUACAUUCUUAACAGGUUGUGAUUAUCAUUUGGUUUGGAUGGGUUUUUUUUUGUAGCAAUCUAUUAUACUGCAUGCAUACAGACUGUUUAUUGUGUUUGGAAAGCAGGUACUAAUAAGCUUUGACGACAGAGGUCAGGUUUAGUGGAGUAAUGAAUGCACUAUGUGAUAGAAUGUACACUGUGCAAGUGUACUUUGCUGUACAAAUGUUCUUUUUUUUUUUUUUCUUUUGUCGUUUUCUGGAAUGCGUUUGUAUUUGCUUUCCAAAAAUAUAAACACAUUGUGUUGAUUUAUCAGAACCCGAUACUAAGUGACACAUUUUUGCAGUAGAGAUCUAUGCAAUAGUCUUGUUUAGUAUUAGCAGUGUACUGAAGUGCAGUUUUACAUGUCAUUUGAUUUUUUUAUGUGCCUUCAAAAAUA